AUGUGGAGAUUGAAGAUAGCCGAAGGGGGCAACAAUCCAUACCUGUACAGCACAAACAACUUUGUUGGUAGGCAAACAUGGGAGUUUGAUCCUAACUAUGGAACUGCAGAAGAGCGUGAGGAGGUUGAACAAGCUCGUCUCCAUUUCUGGAACCAUCGACACCAGGUCAAGCCCGCCAGUGAUGUCCUUUGGCGCAUGCAGUUUUUGAGAGAGAAGCAAUUCAAACAGACAAUACCUCAGGCAGACGAUGGCCAUUGGCCAGCUGAAAAUGCUGGACUUUUAUAUUUCAUGCCACCAUUGGUUAUAUGCUUGUAUAUCACAGGCCAUCUUAACAGCGUCUUCUCAGCAGAACAUAGAAAAGAAACUCUUCGGUACUUAUAUUGUCAUCAGAACGAAGAUGGUGGUUGGGGACUUCACAUAGAAGGUCCUAGCACAAUGUUUUGCACCACCCUCAGUUACAUUUGCAUGCGUCUUUUAGGAGAAGGGCCUGAUGGUGGUUUGGAUGGUUCAUGUACCAAAGCAAGAAAAUGGAUUUUAGAUCAUGGCAGUGCCACAGCCAUUCCUUCUUGGGGAAAAACUUGGCUUUCAGUCCUUGGCGUUUCAGAAUGGGGAGGAAGCAACCCAAUGCCCCCAGAGUUCUGGAUCAUCCCUUCCUUCAUGCCUAUGCAUCCAGGUUAG